ACUACAUUAAUCAACCUUGAACCUGGUUGACUGGUCAGGAAGGUCAUGUAUUGUCACCGCGCCUAGGGGGUCCAGCCCAACCAUUUCAGAGUUUUGGGGAGAUGCGACCACCCACCAUACCAAAUCCGGUCAGUUCUCAUUCAACCAGCCCACGCCGGCGGAUCUCUCCCUCCGCCCAGCCGGUUCAACAGUGUGCACAACCGCCCUAUCUCGGCGCCGGGAUUCCAAAAUUACUACUAGCACCGCGAGGUGCUGAACCACUCUGCAAUUGCCCAGUUAAGGCUUCAAUUCCAUCCAUUCCCUUCUUGUUUAUCCUGCCUUCUCCUGUUCCCUUCCCCCCCCCCUCCUCUUCUCCCUCCUCCCCCCAUAUUGUAAUACCUCUUUCCCCAUACCUCUUUUGCUUCCCUCAAUCUCUCUUUUCACCCUUCCCCUCCCCUCUUCUCAAUCCUGUGCUGGGCGACGGGACCGGCUGUGAUCCCUGUGAUUUUGGGAUCCAUUUCACAAAUUCUGAUAGAAGAAAUAGGUAGGCAAAAAAAGAAAAAAGACCUUGGCGAUGAAUAUGCUCUUGUCCCCUCUCAUCCCUCCCUCCCUCUCCAGAACCUACACG